GCCAGAGCUUGUUUCCUGCCAGCGGUGAACGUAGUUACAAAAACGAACAGCAGUACCAGCAGCAGUAACAGCAGCAGCAGCACAGUAUUGAAAGAUGAAAGCGGUGACACGAGAAGUGUAUUAUUGAGUAACAAUCGUAAAUUACAAAAGAGCACGAGUGUGUUGAAGCUGGAGGGAAAGACGUCAACGAAUACGAGCGACAGAGUAACGUCCUGCGUUCAAACGAGGAUGGCGAGUAGCCGAAUAGUCGUGAGUAAAAUUGGUGAAACAACAAAUUCAAGCAGUCCAAAUUUAAUGUCAAAACGAAACGAUUCGAUGAACGAGGCGCUGAAAAAACCUCAUAUAACAGGAAACCAGAUGAAUUAUCAGACUUUUCGAGGAUCGUCGACGAAUUAUGUUGGGCAGGAAUCCGCGUCGAAAUUUCGGUACAGCAAACCGAAGACUUAUCAAUCGAGCGAAACACAAGACGAGACGAGCCAUCGCUACGAUUACAAAUCUAAUGGAAAUGGGAUUUCCACCUCGGCCGCAAGAUAUACCGGUCAAAGUCAAUCAUCUCAUCAUCGAGAUAAUCAUCAAAUUGUAACAUCCUCGCAGCAAAAUUCUCGAACAUCUGGGAGGGAAAAUUUGUCUUCCUUGAUUACCGGAAACGCUGAUCAACGGAAUGUGCAGAAAACGACCAACUAUCAAAGCCCCGGGAAUUUGCAGCGCUACGUCGAAGCAAGGUAUUCUUUCGUCAGUGAAGAGCGAAACAAGCAUUCCGAUUGUAAUUCGAGCAACGUUAAAAUGAAGACCGAACUAAAUUCGAUUCGUAAUGGCGGUGUUAAAGAUUUGACCUACAGCGGACAAAGUUUUCAUGGCUAUGGUUCUUCGAGUAUCCGUGCUAGUAUGAGCGUCCAAAAUAUAUCCAACGUUCAACCCACUAAUAUCACGCCUUACGUUCGUCCGGAUUCUUAUGCCUCGGCAACCGCGGUUGCCAAUGUGCUCUUCCCUGAUAAUUCACAGUUCUCACAGUCAUCCACGUACAACCACAAUCAAGUUGGACAAUUGAAUCAAUAUCAACCUUACGAUCCUUCGAGUUAUUCGAGCACACCCGUCAAUUCCGUUUUGACACAAUAUUCACCCGAAAACACUAUUGCUUAUUCGCAGUAUGAAAAUCCACCGCAGUUCGUACAAACCAAUCAUUAUCCCGCCAACGAAAUCACCAACAGCCAAUUUCAGUUCCAAACUGGUGGCGUUGGACAGAUUCAAGAUUCUCCGGUCUAUUUGCAAAGCUUAUCGAGUCCCAUUGCUGAACAGUACGCGGCAUCCAAUUACGCCAGAGCGGUGAGAACAGAAUUGUUACCGAGAUUACGCGCUCCGCCGAGGUUCAAUAAGUAAAACUCUUUUUUCAAACAUAUUAAGCGGAAUUUCUAUAAAUUAAUAACUGCGAGAUGAUUUCUCUGAAAUAAUUCUUCAACUUUCGCUCGCAUCGUUUUUUGAAGUUGUUCUCAAAUGAUUUGGCAUGAAAAAAAUGUAUACUAAAAAAAUGCAUUCAAGCUACUCUUGAAGCUGUUUUCUCUUGGUCCGAAAAGUGUGACGCUCUCGUAAAUAUAUAAACAUUUCAGCUAAUUUAUUGAAUCGAAACUAAAUGUGAGUUCCAUUAGAGCAAAGAGAGAGAGAGAGAGAGAUAAAAAUAAGACGAAUCGGUGACAUCUGGAUUUGAGAGAGAUAUUCAAAUUUGGCAUGAUCGGUGAAAAUUAUUUCAAUUACAGAUCCAUUUUGAAAUGAAUUUUAGCCGAUCUGUGAAAGUUCAAUGUGGAGUAAGAACGGAAGACGUUAUUUUCUCGUUUUGUGACAUCGUAUAAAUAUGAUUGUAACACUUUGAAUCAUCAACGAUGUGAAAUAUUUAGUAGCUGGCAGGAAACGUUGAAUUUCAAUCGUGAAACGAGGAGAAAUAAACCAGAUUUUCGUAUUUAUUACUAAAUUCGCUAUUUUUAAGGAAUCUCAUGUAACGAGAAAGAGAGUAGAAACGAUCGUGUUGAAUAUUGUAAAUAAAUUUGUCAUUAAGUCAAAAAAACAGAGGUAACGUCAAACGAGACAAGGAAGAAAAAUAAAACAAAGUUUGAAUUAGUCAUUCAACCGAUCAAUUUGCAAAAGGGAAACUUCUUUUCGCAAUUGAACGCAAAAGAUUUCGACGUUGGGUUACGUACGAGUGGAAAUUUGAUUCUAGCGAUAGAGCGAGUUAAAGAGGAAGCAAAAUAUGGAUUACGAGAUAACAUUGUAACUGUAACCGCGUUUCGACGAUAAACCGCGAUCGAUCGUGAUAAUUACGAUCUAUUAUAUAUAUAAAUAUAUAUAAUAUGAAAAAAAGUAAUUAUAAAGUAGCUCAUAAGUAAUUUAACUAUGAAAACAACCAACUAUACUUUGCAUAGAAUUAGUGGAAGUUUUCCAACGAUCGUAAUAUAAAUUAGCUUAAAUUACUAAGUAUCUGAUGUGUUUCGAGAUACGAAACAAAAUACCCUCAACAGCAUUCAUUGGACGCGAGUGUGCAGCAUCGUCAAGUGGAAUGUUGAUAAUUCUUGCUGAUAUUUCAAUACUUGUUCGUUCUUCGGUCACGAUGUUGCAUUCGGGCGAUCUGUUUUGCGAAUUCUCGAAUGAGAACACGAUUUACUAGCAAUUCACUUAACACAAAUACAUAACGUAGUAUUUCGUGGUAUAUAUUUUUUUUUCCUUUUAGCAAUGUAGCUAAUACUUGAAGUUCAAAAAAAGAAAGAAAUAAAAAUAUUUCGAGUAAUUCUUCAUUUGACGCUUGUACCGGAUAAAAGAAAACGUUGAUUGUUACUCUUCUCACUUGACAACGUAUCGCAUCGGGCCGUGACGCCCUUUCGAGCACACACUUUAUCCAACGAGCUUUUUUUUCUUGUGCUAAAUGGAAAAAAAAAUAUUCUUCUUCGCAGCGAUGCGAAAUUCCUCUACGUCCGUGCAAGUGAAAACUUGACAAGAAAAAUUUAACGAAGUAUAAUAUUUGGAAAAUCAGCAUUACUUACAUGCAAAGUAUAGAGUGUGUGUGAAACAGAUGAGAAAAAACAAACAAAUAAACAAACCAAUUGUGACCUGUGCGAUAAAUUGAGAUGGCUAAAGUGUUUUUUCUCUAGCUACCUUAAGAGGAUGGAUCAGUCGGUAUAUCGCAACCAUGAGUGCGAGAGAGAUAGUUGCAAAUUUCGAAAUCGAAAUUCGUUGACACAGUUUGACCGAUUAAAAAAAAGCUCUGUCAGUUGAUUUUUGCCAUCGUUCUGCGUAAGUUGACAGAGCCUUUUUUUAAUCACUCAAACUGCGUCAAAGAAUUUCGAUUUCGAAAAUUCCAAGUUAGUCGACUGAUCCAUACUCUUAAUAUUUGAUGUUUAAGUUAGUCAAUCGUUCGAUCCAACUUUUUUAUUGCUCUUUACACCAACCACAAUGUCUUUACCUUUCGGUGAUACUGUCCCGAAUAUGUGAGGCUUUAUGUCACUUGCGCGUUCAAUUUCACUUCUCUAAAAGGUCUUCGAAAAAGCUUAUUGCAUCGCAACGCCCGUCCCGAGGUAUGAGCGAUCGAGCUUCGUCGGCAAAACAGUUGAAGAAGAAAUAGAUUUCAAAAGUAAAAUUAGACUCGUCUAUGAAAUUGCUUCUCAUUGCGAGGAGCUAUUUUCAGCUGGAAAAUAAAUGAAUAAAAAGAAUGAUUGUUGACGCGCGACCGGAGUCCGUUCCGACGAGUCUUUGAUGUCAUUCCACUCGGUAUUUCUCGAACAUUUACGUUCGAGGACUGAGAUGUGUAGGUGACCGAUUAUCCUAUCGAUGAAAUUCGCUUAUAACCAUCAUCAAGCAAUCGCAGGAAAACCCUUAAAAUAUUCUAUUUAUUAUUAUUUCGUGCAAAAAUAUGAGAAACGGAAAUAAGUAAAAAUCAAUUGCAAAUAUAGGAGAGAAAAAUAGACUAAUCGUUAUCGUCUCGUUUAUACGUCGGCACAGAGUUUCAGCUCUCCGGAAAAAACGCACCAUUUUUCUUCGCAUCCGUUAAUAAAAUUUAUCAACAAAUUCUCGUGUCACUCGUCGCAAUCCGUGGGCGAGAAGAUAAACAAAAAAUAUAUAUGUGUAAUAAUAAAAAAUUCCGGAUGUUCUAGCUGUUAGAGGGGAAACAAUCGGUGUAACGCGGUGGCUAUUUUUUUCGGAGCCUUGUCAACUCGUGGCAAAAGGAGGAGACGAAUAUGAUUUUCUCUCAUUUUUUUGAGGCUGAAGUCGGCCAUACACGCUACGGUUUACCGUAGAGGUCUACCUGCACAAACGUGCCUGCGCAGGUUGAUCAAAAUCGAAAAUCAAUUUUUUCGGGUCUGACCGUGCGGUGGACGUGAGCGUGCGUGGAUGUCUUUCGGUGCCCCAUUCACGCUACGACGUCAGGUUGUACAGGCACAAACAACUCCACAGGCAAACCUGUCAGGUAUACCGUAGCGUGUAUGGCCGGCUUUUCAGUCACAAAAUUCUCUGUUUCCUUUCCGCCCGUGAAUUCUGGGUAAAUUAUCGAAAAGACGACCAAAAAUUGAAUAGAUCUCAUUAUAGGUGUAAAAAACGGAAAUCGUUUGUGGUGUCGAAAUAACAUUUGUACGAUAGUAAAUGACGCGCUAUGAGCUGACUCUUUUCUGUCGGUGUAUGCGCGCGAGAACUGUAUCGAUCCAUCGAUAGAAGAGGAGCAAAAAACCACAAUAAAAAUCUUUUCAACGUGUACCCCCUUUGGUUAUUUAUUUCUCAUGCUUUAUCGCUGUACAGCGUUGAUGAUUGUAUUGAAUCUACUUAAAACAGUCUGUACGAUCAGUAACGAACAUGUUAUAAUAAUCCUAAUGCGCACUCGCAGAAAUCAUCAUUCGAACCGUAUUUUACGAGCAAUUUUAAACUUUGUUUUUUCUUGUGCACCAUUUACUUCGCUCAUUGUUGUCAAUUUUUCAAUUUAUUGAAUAAAAUUAGUCAUUAAACAACUUGAUCGAUAGAAAAACAAUAAGAGAAUGUUCAAUCGCAAAAUACGAAGUGAAUAAGUAUUAAAAUAGUUCCACUGUGACGUUUUCGAGAGUAACACGGACAUAUGGCAUACAGAUUACGACUUCUACGAGUACAUAUUUAUGUAAUCGAUAUAUACAUAUAUAUAUAUAUAUCCCUUUGUGUUCAAUUCAGGAAUAUAUACGUAUAUUAUUUUUAUGUUAUGGGUUGUUCUAUGUAUGGCUCUGUGCGUGUAACACACUGUUAAUAAAUAAACUACUUGAUGCUUAUGAAUAAAGGAUACAUCAUUUAUAUAA